AUGGCUCCUAAGCGUCGCACCCGCAAGACCACGAAGGACGUGUACGCGAGCGUCCCCGCCGACGAACGGGUGAAGCUCGGCGCGGAGGCCAAAGAGCGAGGCAACGCCGCGUUUGCUGCGGGCGACCACGCGACUGCGAUCAAAGAGUUCACGACCGCCAUCGCGUACGAGCCCAGCAACGUGAUUUACUUCUCGAACCGCUCGGCUGCCUAUUUAUCGGCCGGGCAAGCCACGCCAGCCAUGCAGGACGCCAAGUCGUGCAUUGCACUGGACGCGACGUUCGCCAAGGGCUACGCCCGUCUAGGAGCAGCGCAUUUCUACAUUAAAAACUACGCGAAAGCCAUCGGCGCCUACACGGAAGGCUUGACGGUGGAGAAGGGCAACCGCGCGCUGCAGGCGGGGCUGACCCAGGCACAGGCGGCGCUGCAAGUGCAGGACGAGGAGGUUAGCGGCGUCGAGAUGGACGAAGCCACGCGCAAGAUGAAGCGCAUGGAGAUCGAAGAGAAGAUUAACAAAGCGCGGAAAGAGCGGGAAGAGCGGGCGAAGCGGGCCGAGAAGGGCUUCUCGGAGGUCAUUGGUAUUGAUCUCGGUACGACGUACUCGUGCGUCGGCGUGUGGAAAGAUGGGCAAGUGGAGAUCAUUGCUAACAGUGAAGGCAACCGCACGACGCCGUCGUGGGUCGCGUUCAACGACAGCGAACGUCUGAUCGGUGAAGCGGCCAAGAUCCAGGCGGCUGGGAAUGCCACGAACACGGUGUUUGACGCGAAACGGAUCAUUGGUCGGAGUUUCAGUGACGAAGUCGUGAAGAAGGACGCCAAGCACUUCCCGUUCACGAUUAAGGAGGGCGACGACGACAAGGUGUUGAUUGAAGUGGAGUUUAAGGGGGAGAAGAAGAGCUUUACGCCGGAAGAGAUUUCGUCCAUGGUGCUCUUGCGCAUGAAGGAGACGGCGGAAGCGUUCCUUGGCCAAAGCAUCUCGCAAGCAGUUGUUACGGUGCCCGCGUACUUUAACGACCAGCAGCGUCAGUCGACCAAGGAUGCUGGCGCUAUUGCUGGCUUGGACGUGAAGCGAAUCAUCAAUGAGCCGACGGCUGCGGCUCUCGCCUACGGUCUCGACACGAACGCUGGCACGGACGGUAAAGUUUGCAACGUGCUGAUCUUCGACUUGGGCGGUGGUACUUUUGACGUGUCGAUCCUCUCGAUUGAGAACGGGAUCUUCGAGGUCAAGUCCACUGGUGGCGACACGCAUCUUGGUGGCGAGGACUUUGACAACAACAUGGUCGAGUACCUCCUGUCAGAGUUCAAGCGCAAGAACCGCAACCUGGACCCGUCGAGUUCGGCUCGUGCCAUGCGUCGUCUUCGAACGGCAUGUGAGUCGGCCAAGCGCAUGCUCUCGACGACCACAAGCGCGUCGGUGGAAGUGGACUCGUUGUUCGAGGGUGUGGACUUUUCGUCCACGGUCACUCGUGCCAAGUUUGAGUCGCUGAAUGAAGAGCUGUUCAAGCGCUGCGAGGAGACGGUGCUGAAGGUGCUCGAAGAUGCCAAGAUGAAGCCCGAGAACGUGACGGAGCUUGUGCUGGUUGGAGGCUCCACGCGUAUUCCCAAGGUGCAGACGAUGCUCUCGUCCCUCUUUGGCGGCAAGGAGCUAUCCAAGUCGAUCAACCCGGACGAAGCCGUGGCUUACGGUGCUGCCGUGCAGGGUGCGAUUUUGGACGGUAUCCGCAACGAUGCGACCAACUCGUUGCUGCUGGUGGACGUGACGCCGCUGUCGCUGGGUAUUGAGACUGUGGGCAAGGUCAUGUCGGUGCUCAUUAAGCGCAACACGGCCAUUCCCGUGCGGAAAACCCGCGUGUACACGACGGAAGAGGACUACCAGACGUCCGUGGACGUGUGCAUCUACGAGGGCGAGCGUGCUUGCGUCGAGUCGAACAACAAGCUGGGCGAGUUCAACAUCUCGGGCUUGGAGCGUGCGAAACGUGGCGAGCCGCAGGUUGAGGUGACGUUCGAGAUUGACGCGAACGGUAUCUUGAACGUGUCUGCUCGCGACAAGAAGACGGGUGCGAAGGCGGAGACGACGAUUUCUAAUAACCGCGGCCGUUUGACCCAGGAGGAUAUCGACCGCAUGGUUGCCGAGGCCGACAAGUUUAAGAAGGACGACGCGGAGAUGCUGCGUCGCAUUGAGGCCCGUAACGACCUGGAACAAUUCAUUUACCGCGCGAUUGAGCAGGCUCGUGAGAAGGGCGACACGACGGUGGAGAGCGCCAUUCGUGACGCCCGUGACUGGCUGGAGGACCACGAAGAAGCCACUCUUCGUGAACUCGAGGACAAGAAGCGCAUGCUCGAGCGUAUGGUCCGCUUCUAA